AAUAGACCUACCCUUAUUUCCCAAAUUCCAAAUUAAACUGCUCUUAUAUCUUAUCAAUCCUCCUCAAAUAUCCCCCUAAAACCUCAAAAGUAUCUCUCCACCUAGCAAACCACCACCAUGAACGGCGGCGAUGAUACACCCUUAUCGUCCCAAUUCCAUCUACAACCGCCGCAACAACCCUCUAAUAAUGGUGGAGAAUUUCUUCUGCGUCUUGUUCAAAAUCGAAAUCAACAUCAACAACCGUACCUUCCUCACAAUAUUGUAAACCCUUCUCACACUCUUCCUUCUGAUCCCGCCGUCGCCGCUGUGGGACCUACAAUUCCGUUGUCCUUUUCUUCCAAUCAUCAGCAUCAACAUCAACUUCAAAAUCAACAUCAUUUUCAUUCGCCGCCUUUUUCUGUUGCGCCUCAAAACCAAAACCCCAAAUUUUCUUUUCAAGGGUUUCCUCGGCAGAAUGUUUCUUCUAGUCAUACGGCGUCAUUUUAUCCUGCUCCUCAUCAUCAUUUUGAACACUUACGUCGUCAACCACAACAGCAGCAACAACAACAACAAACACUGGGUUUGAUUGCUGGUAAUUCUUCAUCAUUUUCUAAUAAUCCUCUUGAAGAAGAAAGUUUAAGAUUGAAGGAAUUACAAUUGGGUUUAUCGAAUGAACGUGACAUGGGUUUUGGUUUACCGGGUAGGAGGAUUAAUGGUAUGGAUCCAAAUCAUCAGAUUGACCCGCGUGGGAAUUGGGUUUCUGGAUCAGGUGAACAAAGGCGUUCAGGUCAGCCACCGGGUAUUUCAAGUAAAAAGGGUAAUCAAAGGUGGGAUUUUGAUGAUUUUAACAAUGUGACUGGGGAAAAGAGUAAUUCUUCUAGUGAAUUGAGGAGGAAUAAUAAUAGCAAGAGUUAUGAAAAAGAGAGGAGAUUUCUGGGUAGAGAUAAUGGGAAUGGACUUAGUAAGCAACUUGAUCGCCCUGGUUUUCCUUCUGGCAGUAGUUUGCAUUCUGUUCCGACUUCAGAUGUGGAACAGUCUUUUCAGAAUUUGCAGAAUGGGUUGGUUGGUGAAGAGGUAGAGCAGAAUGAUAUUAAAGAUCUGAGUGAACAACUUGUUGAUUCUGUUCUUGGAGAGAAUCAGUCUGAAGACAAUAAUCUUGUUGGUGCUAAGAAGAAAAACUUCCGUGAUAAAGAUUUUAGAUCAGAUGCUAGAGGAAAAUGGAUCCUUUCACAAAGAAUGAGGAAUUCUAGAAGGUUGAUUGAAUGUCGAAGAGAUAUAGAUAGAUUGGAUGCACACUUUACUAAAAUUUAUGAGUCCCUUAUACCAGUGGAAGAGGAAAAGGCAAAGCAAAAACAGCUGCUGACAUCGUUGGAGACUAUUGUUUGCAAGGAAUGGCGAGGUGCCAAGUUGUAUUUGUAUGGAUCGUGUGCCAACUCUUUUGGAGUUUUGAAAAGUGACAUUGAUUUAUGCCUUGCCAUUGAUGAUCAAGAUAUUGACAAGUCCGAAAUUUUGCUGAAACUUGCUGAUAUUUUACAGGCAGGAAAUUUUCAUGAGGUGCAAGCACUUACCCGUGCAAGAGUUCCCAUAGUAAAGCUUAAGGAUCCAGAGACAGGGAUCUCGUGUGACAUUUGCAUAAACAACGUCUUAGCUGUUGUAAAUACAAAGCUGCUUCGUGAUUAUGCUGAAAUUGAUGUGAGACUAAGGCAGUUGGCAUUCUUGGUGAAACACUGGGCGAAGUCUAGAGGAGUCAAUGAAACCUAUCAGGGAACACUGUCUAGCUACUCGUAUGUACUGAUGUGCAUUCAUUUCUUACAACAGCGUAGUCCUCCCAUCCUUCCAUGCUUGCAGAGCAUGAACACAACGUAUUCAGUGACGGUUGAUAAUAUUGAAUGCACUUUCUUUGAUGAAGUUGAAAAACUUCGUGAUUUUGGUUUCCAAAAUAAGGAAAAAAUUUCCAAGUUAUUGUGGGGAUUCUUUAAUUAUUGGGCUUAUUGUCACGAUUAUGCAAAUCAAGUCAUAUCAGUUCGCACCGGGUGCCUCCUCAGCAAGCAAGAGAAAGAUUGGACAAGAAGAGUUGGAAACGAUCGACAUUUGAUAUGUAUAGAGGAUCCGUUUGAGACAUCCCAUGAUCUGGGACGAGUGGUGGACAAAUACAGCAUUAGAGUCCUACGAGAAGAAUUUGAACGAGCAGCUGAGAUCAUGCAGUAUGAUCCCAAUCCAUGGGUAGCACUUUUUCAGCCAUACAUUCCUAGAUGACUCCCUUUCUGUUGAUCAUAAAGACUACAAGUGCUGUUGCUUGUAAAGUAAAGUGUCGCAAAAUGACCCAGCUUGUAUAGUGGUUUUGCUUUUGGCUUUCGCUAAUAGCAGUAUUGAAUAUGGUAUCUAAGGCAUAGCAUAGCAUCCUCUUAAGGAUUGUCAUAUGCUGUAAUAUAAGUGGUUUCUCCAUAUUUAAUAUGAAGCUUGUCGUUCAGCUUUCAUUCCU